AUGAGUGGUUUUAUUAACAAUUUGAAAAGUAUAUUAUUACCAAGAAUCAUAUCAUAUAUAAUAUCUGGGAUUAUCACACUAUGGCUCAUUAUAAAAUAUAUAAACACAUUAUAUAAAACAAGAGGUCCUUGGGAUAAAUUAAAUUCAAAUGAUUUAGCUUUAAUAACAGGUGGUUCAAAUGGAUUAGGUUUAGAAAUUUCUAAAAUAUUAAUUUCCAAAAAGGUUAAAGUAUUAAAUUUAGAUAUUGAACCACCAAUUGAAAAAAUUGAUUCAAUAUAUUUUAAUUGUGAUUUAUCCAAAGAAAAUGAAAUUUUUGAAAUUAUAAAUAAAAUUAAAAAUCAAUAUGGUAUACCAACAAUUUUAAUAAAUAAUGCAGCUAUUCGUCAUAAUGAAUUAUUAAUCCAAUUAAAUUACCAAAAAAUCAAUGAAAUUAUACAAAUUAAUACCAUGGCACCAAUCAUCUUAUUAAAAGAAUUUUUAAAACUUCAUAAUCCUUCCAAAAAAUUAUAUAUAAUUAAUAUGGCUUCAAUAUUAGGUUUAGUUUCACCUUCAAAUUUAUCAAUAUAUUCAGCAACUAAAAGUUUCCUUGUUUCACUACAUGAUUCUUUAUCACAUGAAUUAAUAUCAAAUAAAAAUAUAAGAUUUUUAUUAGUUACACCAGGUCAAUUAGAUACAAAAUUAUUUAAAGAUGUUAAACCACCAAGAGAAUUUUUUGCACCUAUAAUAAAAUCCAAAGUUUUAGCUAAUGAAAUUGUUAAUAAAAUUGAAUUAGGUGAACGUGGUGUUAUACAGGGACCUUUUUAUACAAAUUUUAUACCAAUUUUAAGAAUUUUACCAUUCUUUAUGAAUGAAUUUGCCCGGUGGUUUAGUCAAAUGGAUACAAGUGUUAAACAAAAUAUAGAAUAG